UUGAGUUGAGUCCCGAGCGAGAGACAGUCAGGACUCAAGGAACAACUUUUAAUGUAUGCGGGCCGAGCCGGGCCAGUGUCUCGGGACGCACUGUUUCCUCCUCCUUUAUGCAUCCUUCUGCUCGACUAACCUCAACUACGGCUCGCUGUGUUCUCACCGGCUCGCUAGGAAAUCUGUUUUUGGCACAAAACGCGGUUGUGUAUCAGUUUUUUUUAUGAGUCCAGCCCUCCUGCGACCCCAGGACAUAACUAGCCUUUACUGAGUGAGUGACUGCAUGGACCAGACUGAACAUGAAGAGCCUUAAAGCAAAGUUUAGAAAAACUGAUGCCAAUGAGUGGAACAAAAAUGAUGAGCGCCUGCUUGCGGCGGUGGAGCAUGGCGAGGCGGAGAAGGUGGCCCCACUUCUUGCCAAGAAAGGUGCCAGCGCUGUGAAGCUGGACAACGAGGGGAAAUCAGCUCUUCAUGUGGCAGCUGCACGCGGACACACAGACUGCCUGUCUGUCAUCCUGGCUCAUGGAGCGGACCUGUCAAUCACUGAUGCUGCAGGUUUGAAUCCAUUGCACCUUGCUGCCAAAAACAAUCACAUCGAGUGCUGCAAAAAGCUCAUUCAGAGUAAGUGUCCUAUCGAUGCAGUGGACACUUCAGGAAAGGCUGCUCUUCAUCACGCUGCUGCCAGCGGGAACAUCCAGACCGUCCAACUGCUGUGUGAACUCAAAAGUCCCAUCAGCCUAAAAGAUGCGGACGGGCUCACUCCUUUGCUGUUGUCAGCUAAACACGCUCAUGCUGAGGUGUGCAGCACUCUGCUGGACUGCGGGGCUGAAAUCAACUCCAUUGACAACAGCGGCAGGACAGCCCUGAUGCUGGCCACAGAGUCGGGCGCUCUGUCUGUUGUUGAAGUCCUGAUCCAGAGACGAGCAGAUCUGAAGGCUGUGGAUUCACAAGGCCACGAUGUCUUACACUACGCCAAGCUGUCGGGCAACUCUGAGAUCAAAAGCGUCCUCACUGGCGCCCAGAACAGCCAUCAGGCCUUAGACGCAAAGUCUCCUAGAAGUCCUCAGCAUGAUCAAGUAGCUAAACUAAGUGAUGAACGGAUCACAACUCCCAAAAAAAGAAAAGCACCUCCACCUCCUAUUAGCCCACUGCAGAGCUCUGGGCCCUCUUCUCCCUCUGUCCUUACCUCCAGUGGGACACCAGUAUCCAACAAAAGUGACACUCCCAAAAGAUUCAACUACAAGGAGGAUGAGGUCAGGGGUACGACUCUGAGAGCGGAGGUUGAGAAGCUCCAUGAGGAGAGAAACAUGUUGCUGGAGACGAUCGAAGACCUCAAGCAGUCGGUGGAGCACACGGUGACUGGCCCCGAACCGGACACAAAGGUCGAGCAAAGUUUUACAGCAUCUGCAGCGCUGGUUUCUGCUCUGCAAGCAAAGAUUGCUGCUCUAACCUUGGAGAAACAGCAACUUGCAAGCAAACUCAAGAAACAUCCGUCCCUCCAAGGAAGCGAGGACACCAGUCGUCCAAACAGCAUGGCCUCUAACUCCUCCUUCCACUCCACCCAGGACGAGUUUGAGUCUGCGCCACAUGUGGAAAGGGAAGAAGAGGAGAAUGGAGGAGGCAGUAAAGAAGAGAUCCAGCUGUUGAGGCAGGCGCUAGAAAGCGUUCAAGUAAAACUGCUAGAAACCAGGAAGGAAAACUUCUCGCUUCAUGCCCAGCUGAAGCCUGAGCGAGAAGGAGAGGAGGAUGAACCCUGCAGGGAGAAAGGAAGAGCGGAAGAGUUGAUGGAGAGUCUCGCGGAGCUUCAGGCGAAGCUGACGGACACUCAGGAGAGAUACCACCAAGCUGUAGAGGAGGUGGAGGAGCUGAGGGUGCAGAUGGGAAGGAAGGGUGAGACGGAUACAUCAUCCACACUUGAACAGGAAGUAAAGCAGCUGAGGGCCCUGCUCGUCCAAUCAGGGUCCGAGCUGGAAUUAGCAGCUCAACGAAGCAGACAGCUGGAGGAGGCGCUGAGGAGUUUAAAGGAGAAAGGGGAGCAGACUGCACGGAUUGAGGAGCUGCACAAGGAGGCACAAGAGGAGAUAAGGAUCCUUCAGGAGGCUCUGAGGGGCACGGUGCCAGUUGAAGCUGCAGCUAAAGACUUUGAAGAGAUGAAGGCUGAGCUGAACGAGGUGAAUGCCGGGUUGCAGCGCCGCCUGCUGGAGCUCUCACACUCCUACAGCGACACCAAGAGUCAGCUAGGUGCUGCACAGAAACAGCUGGCGGAGGGCAGUGCGGCCUCAGCUCCCUCCUCAGAACAGCAGCAGGUCCAGGUGCUGAUCAGCAAGGUGGAGGAGCUACAGACGUUGCUAACUGAGACUGAGAAGAAGCACUUAGCCGCUCGAGAUGAGAUUUCUCUGCUGAGGCAGGAGGCCGAGGCUCAGGCUCAGAGCUCUGUGGACCUCGCCGACCACACACAGGUGAUGUCAUCUCUGGGAAAUGCCAUCAAAGUGUUGGAAAGCCAGUCAGACACCCUGAAAGAGCAGCUGCAACAGAAAAUCUUGCAGGUGGAGGAUCUUCAGAAAAGGUUGUCGGCAGCAAAAGAUGGCACCCAAGAGGAUUCAGCUUCCCGCAUGGAGCAGGAGAACAGGCGAGAGCAGCUUGAGGGCGAGGUGAAGCACCUGACGCAGCUCCUCCAGGGGGCCCUCAGGAAGCAGGACGAGAUGGCUCUGGAGGCUGCUGAUGCAUGGCAGAAGGCCCGGGACAACCGUGCAGAGCUGGAGGCCCUGCAGGAGCUGCUGAUGUCGAGGGAGAAGGAGAACCAGAUGCUGACCAGCAGGCUGGCUGAGUCCCAGGAUGCAGUGUGUCAGCUCAAACAGCUGGUGGAGAACCAUGUCGCCUCAGAGAGAGAGAAGAACAAGAGGAUAGAUGACCUAUCCCGGGAGGUGGGGAAGCUGAAGGACGCCUUGAACAGCCUAUCACAGCUCUCCUACAGCUCCGGCUCUCCAGCCAAGAGGCAGCAGCAACAGCAGCAGAUAAACCAGCAGCUGGAGACCAUGCAGCAGCAAAUCAAACAACUACAGUACCAGCUCACUGAGUCAAAGAAGCAGCACCAGGAGAUAGUGUCCGUCUACAGGAUGCACCUCCUCUAUGCUGUCCAGGGUCAGAUGGACGAGGAUGUCCAGAAAGCCUUGAAACAGAUCCUGAUGAUGUGCAAGAUGCCAUGCCAAGCCAAGGAGGCCUGCUAAGACACCCCCCCCCUCCCCCCCUCCCCCCCUCCUCCCCUCCUCUUAUGGGUCUGGUUUCCCAUAAGCAUGAACUGCUGCUGUCAGCACAUUUCCUCCCGUCUGAAUUCACACGGUGCUUAUGCUAAUUACAAGCAAGGCAACACAUGGUGCCUCUGAAUAAACCUGAGUAUUCUUAAUGAGGAGGAGGUUUACAGUCGGGUUCAUUGCCUUUGCUAAUGUAAGUCCGACAGACAAAGAGUUUUUGGGAAAGCCCAGCACACAGAUACUUUGCAUCAUUCAAAUGAAUGAGUGAACCGAGUGGUUCCAGCCAAAUCUAAAGUCUCAGUGUGUGCAGUAACGUUAAAUCACACGUGAUUUCCUGUUACAAGGUGCGCUUAGAGGAAAAAAGACAGUUGGCGCUGCUGUUGCUCGUAUCUAUUUUAUGAUACAACAGUGUUAGUAUUAUUUUACGUGUCUAAAGGUGUCAUGGUUGUCAACGUGUUCCUGAUGCAAACUAAAUUAUUUGUGCCCUCUUAACAAUGCAUGUGACUUUGCUUAACACCAGCUCAGAAAUGACAAAGAAUUGAUAUUUUGGUCUCAUUUUCUCUCUCAAGAAAAAAGCAUGAUGCUGUUUGUAUGGCUCUCUUCCUAUUAGCACAAAAUAUAUAACAAGUGUAUUUUACAGCAUUGUAUUACCAUGCCAUAUUUUCUAAGAUACUGUACUUUACUGAAGAGGUUUGAUAGCUGUAUUUUUGAUGGCCUUAUUUUGUGUUGCACCUGACUUAGUUUAUAUUCCUGUUAUUAUUCAUAGGAGAGUUUACUGUAGUAAAAACACAGUCAGAUCAAUAUGUUUGUCUGUUUGACAAAGAGGAUAGUUAGUUGGUAAAAUGUUAAGUACUUACAAUUUCUCAUCUUUUUUUAAUCUUACACGUUGGUCUUUUGUUUAGCAAAUCCUUACUUGAAAAGCAUACAACAUGAGUUGGAUAAAGGAAGUGGUCUGCUGUCACACGCCUGUAAUCAGACAGCGUCUCCUGGUUCUGCAGUACUUUAGGUGAGAAUUACUGACUUUUAGUCACAUGCCAAUUUCACCAGCCUUGCUUGUACUUCCUUAUUUAAUUUAUUUACAUUUACCAAGAAUGUCUGCUUUCUGACUUUGUAUUUGUGAUACUCCCAUCACUUUCAGUGUUUUUUUGUAGGUACAGAAUAGAUUUCAAAUGCAUUUCUUUGGACAUGUCUCCUACAGACCUGUGAACUCACAUCACACUCCUUUGCCUUAGUACUGUACGCCAUAUGCACUUAGAAAUCAUCUUUGUUGCGAUUAUUAACAAACCCAACGCUGGUUACGGCUGACUGAAGCUUUCUCCCACCUGUGUUUUACAUGAUUUACAGCUGACGGAGAUUUGCUAGACCCUGAAGACCCUCAAAUAUCAUAGGCCUUGACUGAAAUAUUUUGAAAGGGAAAGACAGAAAUGACUCUUCUGUUGGUCUUUUCAUCACUAACAGUUUUGUAGAGAAAUGAAAAAAAUGCUUGUUUGAGAACUGCUUUGUUGCCCACAUAAACACUUUCAAGAUACUGUA